UUUUCUUUAUCAGCAGCAGUUUGUUUCGGUCGCCAUUCCAAAGGCAAAAAAAUGGUGGGAUCAAAAGUUUCAUAUGCAGACUUGGUUCGCCAAUCGAAAAGUAAUAACGUUUCAGAAGCAGUGCUUCGCGAGCUCGGCGCCAUGCUUUUCGAAUAGCUUGGUCCUCAUUUUUGCAAGCUGAAUUAAAGAAACGCCAAAGACAGUGAAGCUAAGGAGAGGUGUACAAUGUUUUUGUUAUCGCGCAAUCAAUCCCAACAGCAACACCACCUUUUCCAUUUAUACAUUCGAACGUAUGUAGACGGCACCAUAAAAUGGGUUCGAGAUCGUGGUCUUGAUCAUGCUGUUGAGAGAGAGAAGAAUCUUCUGCCAGUGAUGAACAUUAAAGAUUUUAUAAAAUCAGAGCCGUCCAAGUCUGUCCCAGUUUCCAUCAUAACGCAGAAAAGGGAAGUUCUAAGAAUUCCAACGCGCCCCAUUGAUUUGAUCAGAAAAUAUCCCUCUAUUUUCGAAGAAUUUCUCCCUGGAGGGAUUGGCAUUCAACCUCAUGUUCGGCUAACCUCUCAAGUCCUUGAGCUUGAUGCCGAAGAACAGUUAAGCUAUCAAGGCGAAAAUUGUAGACAACGAGCUGCAGAUCAACUUGUGAAGCUCUUAAUGAUUUCAAGAUUCCACAAAAUACCUUUAAGUAUCAUUGAUCAAUUGAAAUGGGACCUGGGUCUUCCCAAGGAUUACGUCCAAAGUAUAGUUCCUGAUUUUCCAGAUUACUUCAAGGUUGUAGGACACCAAAAUUUUGCAUCUGGAUCAGGAGAUACGCGAGCGUUGGAAUUGGUAUGUUGGAACAAUGAAUUGGCCACCUCAGUUUUGGAGAAGAUGGCUGCGAAGGCAGAAACCGGCGUUUCGAAGGGAAUGCCUAUUAGUUUUCCUAUGAAAUUCUCGAAUGGGUUUGAGAUGGAUAAGAAGUUCAAGAAGUGGGUGGAUGAAUGGCAAAAGCUACCUUACAUUUCCCCUUAUGAAAAUGCAUCACAUCUCUCUCCGAGCAGCGAUGAAUCGGACAAGUGGGCGGUUGCGAUCUUACAUGAGCUUCUUCAUAUGCUCAUUGCAAAGAAGAUAGAGAAGGAAACUAUACUGUCCAUUGGCGAAUAUUUUGGCCUUCGGUCGAGGUUCAAGAGAGCAUUGCUUCACCAUCCAGGGAUAUUCUACCUAUCGAGUAAGAAUGGAACAUACACGGUUGUCUUAAAAGAGGGGUAUAAAAGGGGUUCCGUAAUUGAGAACAGCCCUUUGAUAAACAUUAGAAAUAAGUACCUUCACCUUAUGAAUACAGUUAAGGAAGACAGUAAAACAACAACCGAACAAGGCGGUACUUGUCAACAGAAGAAAGAGGAGAAAGAACGGUCAGAUGAUGCUACUCGAAAAGAGAACGAAGCUGAACUCCUCGACUCUUCGGACGAAGAAGCUGAAGACGAUAGUAGUAAUCUCAAUGCCCGUGCUGAUCGGAAAGAGGCUGCUGGUGGACGUAGGAGACAUGUUGAUUUCCAAGAAAAUGUUGGUAGAAACAGAGUGAGAUCAUCGAAGAGAAUGAACUCGACUUCGGGAAGGCCUUCAAGGGAUGUUAAAAGAGAGAGGUCAAAUAACAGUAAGGGAUACCAGGUGAGGACGAAGGUUUAAGCUAGUUUUGCUUGAGCUAAGGACUCGUACUCUAUUCCCAAUCCCCCAUGAUAAGUUGAGAUCCAAAGCCAAGUUUUUGAUUUGGGACGAGAGAAGUGAAGCUUCUGGUGUUGUGGCACCAGAUGCCUGGUUAUUUGUCUGUUGUACUUCCAAAUUUGGUCUCUCUUCUCACUAUUACACUUGGUGAAGAGUUGUCUCAAUUCACUACUUCAUUCUUUCUAAUUCACUUUGAGGUCAUGGUUGGGAAACUGUUCUCCAAUGGCUAGUAUCAUUUUUCAAUCACUUCCAAUUCAAGUAUGAUCGUUCCCAGUUUAAUUUGACAUGGAUGAGGGGCCAUACUCUCCCAAUUGUACUCGGAAAAUGGACAGAAGAUUUCAGUA